UUAAAAGCCAAUGUUGAAAGCAUGAAUGAUGGAACCUGCCUUUUAUAAGGAAUCGAGCGUUAUCUGAACGUGUGCCUGCUUUCUUUUUCUGUUGGCAUUCAAUUUUCUUCUUAUUCUUUCACUGUUUUUCGUUUUUGUUUUUCUUAUUAUAAUUAGACAUUGAGAAAGAGAGAGAAUGGAAGAGGGACUACUAGCAAUGUUAGUGCAUGAAGAAGAAAAGUUUAUGGUUGAUGAGGUUGGCAGCUGCAGUGACACACUGCCAAAUGACUCCCCAGCCACCUUUUCUGUUGUUCUAAGCACCUUGGUUGCCCUCUGUGGCUCUCUCUGCUGUGGCUUUAUUGUAGGAUAUGUAUCACCUGCUGAAUCUGGAAUCAUGGAGGAUUUGAACCCUUCUGUUGCAGAUUAUUCAGUUUUCAGUUCAAUAGGAACAGUAGGAGGAAUGCUAGGUGGACUAGUAAACGGAAGAACAAGCGAUCUCAUAGGUCGUAAAGGUACAAUGUGGCUCUCUGAAAUCUUCAGUUUGGCUGGUUGGUUUUCAAUAGCAUUUUCAAAGAAUGUUUGGUGGCUGAAACUUGGAAGAGUGUUGCAGGGGUUUGCAAUUGGGCUUCUUUACUAUGUGGUUCCCGUAUAUAUUGCUGAAAUAACACCUGCAAAUCUUCGGGGAAGAUUUACUUCAGCUAAUCAGUUGAUUAUUUGUUAUGGCAUUUCACUAAUGUACUUCAUUGGAAAUGCUAUGACUUGGCGCUCCUUGGCUGUAAUUGGUGCUAUUCCAUCUAUGCUUCAUAUUUUAGGAUUGUUUUUCAUUCCUGAGUCUCCUAGAUGGCUGGCAAAAGUUGGUAAAGAGAAGAAGGAGCUUGAAGCCACUCUGCAGUGUCUUAGGGGAAAGAAGGCAGACAUUUCUCAAGAAGCAGAUGAUAUCAUAGAUUAUACAGAGACCUUUGAGAAGAAUUCGGAAGGAAUUCUAGACUUGUUUCAGCAGAGAUAUGCUCAUUCACUCAUUGUUGGAGUUGGGCUCAUGGCACUACCAGAACUUGGGGGGAAUAGUGCCAUUAUUUAUUACGCAAGCUCUAUAUUUGCAGAUGCUGGUUUUUCGAGUACAAUUGGGACUAUAUCACUGGCUGCCAUCCAGAUUCCUGCUGUUACUUUUAGUGUGCUGUUGACGGAUAAAUCAGGAAGACGACCACUUCUAAUGGUCUACCGAUAUAUGCAGAUAUCAGCAGCCGGAAUGUGCUUUUGUAGUUUUCUUCUAGGCUUGGCAUUCUUCUUUAAGGGCCUCCACCAGUUAAAGGUGCUCACUCCCAUAAUGGUCUUUAUUGCGAUACUGGGUUACACUGUAGCAUUCCCAUUGGGCAUGGCAGGCCUACCAUGGGUUAUAGUAUCAGAGAUAUUCCCUAUAAAUGUCAAGGGUUCAGCUGGAAGCCUUGUGAGUUUGUCAAGUUGGUCAUUUUCUUGGAUAGUUACAUACAGUUUCAAUUUUAUGAUGAAAUGGAGCUCAUCUGGAACAUUUUUUAUCUACUCAAUCGUGUGUGGUUCAGCUGUUGUUUUCAUUGCAAAGUUAGUACCAGAGACCAAAGGACAAUCUUUAGAAGAAAUACAAGCAUCAAUAACACAGUUAAACUCCAUAAGCAGAUGAAGUUCCCAUUGAAUUUGGGAACUUGGGUAUAAAGAGCAAGAAAGUCUGCAAUACAAAAUUACACAUUUACUCAACAUGUGUGGUUCAGCUGUUGUUUUUAUUUCAGAGUUUGUACCAGAGACCAAAAGGACAAUCCUUAGAAGUAACACAAGCAUCAGUAGCACAGUUAAACUCUAUAAGAAGAUGAAGCUCCCAUUGAGUUUGGUUGGUUUAGAUUAAUAAUGAAUUCGUCGGAACAAAGUUUAAUUGUCCUGCAAAUGAUACAGUUUAAUAUUUAGUUAAUUUGUAUAAAAAAUCUUAAUGACGAAAAAGUUUUUGUUUAUAAAUAAUUAGUCUUUCACAAACUUCGAUGUGAAAA